GAGAGUAACUGCUGGAGAGGAUCUGAGUUCCUAUUUGAACAGGCUGAUUAUUGGUGAUUAUUGCAGAAGUUUUCCCAUUUUCUCUAGCGUAAAAACCCAUCAAACUCAAAUUUCUUCCACUGAGUUUCCUCUGUGCGUUUGGUAUCAAUGGUGGCUGUCGACAGGAUUAGCAUGUUGCCAGAUGAAGUCCUUUAUCACAUUCUCUCUUUUCUCCCAACUCAAAUGGCUGUAGAAACAAGCAUUCUUUCAAAGAGGUGGAAGCAACUGUGGCUCUCAGUUCAUACUCUCUUCUUCGACGAUGAAAGCUGUCGUCAACUGUAAUUGGUUCACAAAGUUCAUAUAUGCAAUAAACGGCCAACCUUAUCAUUUCUUCACAAAGUUCAUAUAUGCAACCAUUCUCUCCAGAGAUGUGCCCAUUACAACAUUUAGUCUCCAAUGUCAGGAUUCCAAUGCCGACAUUUCUCAUUCCGAUCUCCAGAUUUGGGUCAACGCUGCAAUACAACGUGGACUUGAGAACCUCUACAUCCAACUACCGAGUAAUCGAAAUCAAUUGAGCUGGAAUAGCUGCAUUUUCGGUUGCAAAACUCUGGUUGUUCUCAAGUUGACGGGGUUAUUCCUGGAUGUAAUUUCUUUUGCUCACCUUCCUUCACUCAAAACUCUGCAUUUGAUUGAUGUUUGGUUCCGAGAACCCCAGUAUCUUGUCUCUUUUGCUGACCUUCCUUCACUCAAAACUCUGGAUUUGGACUUUGUUUUCUUUCCAGAAAGGCAGUAGCUUGUGGAUCUUCUUGCUGGAUGUCCAAAUCUUGAGUGUAUGCAUCUGAGGAAUAUACACUGUCAUAAUAUUCACUCUAUACCUCAUUAUAACAACUUUAAAAGCUUAUCUAAGUUGGUCAGAGCAGAUAUAUAUGAAGUUUAUUUUGAUCUUUUUGUUGAAUCUCCUAAAUUUGACAAGUACCUGGAUGACAUUCUACUUUUUCCCAAUUUAACUCAUGUGGAACUUCGGUUGGGAGAAAAUAUGAUGGGAGAAAAUAUGAGCUGGCAUUUGGUGCUUGCAAUGCUCAAGCACUGCCCUAUGCUUCAAAAUUUUGUCCUUACUAUAGAGAUAACUUGGAAAUUUUAUGAGGAUCUGGUUUGGAUUUUCCCCUGUUUUGUUCCUGAAUGUCUUUUUUCACAGCUUAGGGAAUGUUCCAUUUUAGAUUUUGGAGGCAAUAAAAAUGAGCUGCAUUUUGCAAAAUAUAUUUUGCUGAAUUCAAGAGUUUUACGGACAAUGACAGUAUGCACUCGGCCUUCCCCGUACUUAGAGGUCAGCAAGGUUGAACUGCUGAAAGAGUUGUCCUUAUACCCAAGGAGUUCUAAGAUUUGUGAACUUUCAUUUACGUGAAAAUGAAUGACAGGCUCUAGUUAGUAGCUGCAAAUUGUGUUUAGAUGAUUGCUUUGGUACUUAAUUUAUCUACUACCUAUAGUAAAACUACUAGCUAGGAUGUGGCAGAGGGUUUUGGGAUCCUGGUUAGUGUUUGUGCGUAAAUAAGUACUCUUUUUCCUCUCUUGGCUUUUUCCCAUUGAGUUUUUUCAAGAGAGGUUUUAACGAG